AUGACUGGGUUUUCUGGUUGCAUCAGAAACCUGUUUUACAAUGGCCAGCUGUAUGAUCUUUCUGAUCCGGCUUUGUCAGAAAACAGUAGAAGAGGCUGCCCAGUGACAGAGCAGCUAUGCUCCACUACUGAUUGUGGUGCCCAUGGUUCUUGCAAUGCUGACACUUCUGAUGUUCACUGCACCUGUGAUUCUGGAUGGUCAGGACACAGCUGCCUUACACCAACUGUACCUACACGAUUUGGCUCUCACAGCUUUGUGAAGUUUUCAUUGUCAUUUGAACCAAACAAACUGUGGACACUAAUUCAGCUCAUGUUUCGAACAAGAGAAGCAAAUGGAGAGCUGUUUCGUGUUACAAAUCAGGACAGCAAGGAAUAUGCUAUACUUGGGAUUAAGAACCAUCAUCUACAAUUCUGCCACAAGAUAAUUGAUGGUUCCAAUACAGAGAGAGUAAUCAGCCUGGAUUCUGUUGCUGUGGAUGAUGGUCAGUGGCAUACAGUUAAGGUUUCACAGUAUGGCUUUACAGCCAUUCUAAAACUUGAUGUCGGGGAAGGCCGAUAUUAUAAUGAAAGCGAUCAGUGGAAUUUUAUUAGUGUACAAAAUGAAUUAUACGCUGGUGGAUUUACAGAAACUGGAAGUAAAAAUAUGCUUCAAGUUUUUGGUGAUUUCCAGAAUGGGUGCAUUGACGAUAUACGUUUUGAUGGCAAAAAUCUUCCUCUUCCACCGUCAGUGAAUGGUACUCAGUGGGCACAAGCUGUUCUAGCUCAAAAUGUGGAAAGAAAUUGCUUAUCUAACAUAUCCUGUGAUGAAGUUGUUUGCCAAGAACCUCUCACAUGUCAUGACAUAUGGAACAAACAUGAGUGCAAUUGUGGCUCCAACAAAGUAUUUGAUGCUGAUGAAGGCAUCUGUAUUGAGAAAAAUGACUGUUAUGAAGAGUCAUGUCUGAAUGGUGGAACAUGCGUCAGUCAGUACCCCUACAGCAGUUACCAGUGUGUAUGCCCCAAGGAUUUUUGGGGUCAACAGUGUGAGCACAUGGUUCAAGAACAGUCUGUGAAACUUAGCUUUGGUGCUCUGCUAGUAGUUGUAACAUCCUUCAUAAGUGUUCUUGCUUUAGUGGUAUUUCUUGUGGUAUGCAAAUGGAAACAAGCAAGGAAGUGUAAAGUCCCAGGACCAAAAGAAGACAUUCGUGAAAAUAUCAUUAUUUAUGAUGAUGAAGGAGGUGGUGAGGAUGACAUGACAGCAUCUGAUGUUAAACCCCGUAAAGUUCCAGUACCAACAUUGGCAGUAGUUGAGACAGUGGAAAUGAAGCCAUUGCCUGUACAAACAAGUAAAGAUGUUGAUGCUUUAGUGCAAAAAUACAUGAAGCAAGCAGAUGAAGAAGUUGGCUGUCUAUCAUUUGACGAUCUGCGCAGUUACACUGACGAAGGAGGCAAUAGUGUAACUUCUUCUCUCUCUUCCAUUGUGUCUGGUUCAGAUGACAAGGAGCAAGAUUACAGCCAUCUCUAUGCAUUAGGAGCAAAAUUUAGCAGACUUGCAUGUAUGUAUAAUAAGGAGGAAACAACAGAGGAAGAGGCAGCACAGGAAUAA